CGACGAGGCGGCUGCGGAGCGCAACCAAGAAUAGCUCGUGCGUGUGUAUAUGCGGGCCGCUUCCGCUUCGCGCGCCGCUUCCCGCACCCUGCGCAGCUCUCUGCGUCCCUCCCUGAGAAGGUACUGCACAGAGACGGACGCCAUAUUGAUGGCGGCGCCGCCGCGUAUGCGCGUCGUCGACCUGCACCGGCCGGAUGCGCUCAACGCGCUCAACUCCGAGAUGGUCGCGACGCUGCUGCCGCUGUUUCAGGACUGGCAGCAGGUCGGCGGCGACGUCAAGCUCGUGGUGAUGCGCGGCGCUGGCGACCGCGCCUUCUGCGCGGGCGGCGACAUUCGCUUCCUGCACGAAUGCGCGUCGGGCUACGCGGCCACCGGCGAUCCCGCCGCGCUCUCGCCGGCGCACGAGUUCUUCCGCGCAGAGUAUACUCUCAACAACGUCCUCGGGACCAGCCGCGUCCCAGUCGUCUCCAUCCUUGGCGGCAUCGUGAUGGGCGGCGGCGUCGGACUGUCCGUGCACGGGCAAGUGCGCAUCGCGACCGAUUCGACCAUCUUCGCAAUGCCCGAGACCGGCAUCGGCUUCUUCCCCGACGUCGGCGGCAGCUACUUCCUGCCGCGGCUUCCCGCCCACCUGGGCUUCUUCCUAGGGCUCACAGGCACGCGGCUGCGCGGGCGCGACGUCCUGACGGCGGGCGUCGCCACCCACUUCGUGCCGUUGGCGCGCAUCGAGGCGCUCGAGGCCCUCCUGCUCGAGAUGGCGGCGAGCACCUCUGGCAAGGCGUACACGCUCGAGAGCAAUCAGGACUUUGUCGACCCGGAGGUGCUUGCGCGCGCCAUCGGCGCCCUCGAUGAGGUCGACCGCGGCAAGGCGGACGGGGCCCCCGCCGCCGCGCCGCCGCUGCUGACGCUCGAGUCCAUGGGCGAGAUCGAUGCCGCGUUUGGGCUCCCCGACGUGGGACUGAUUGUGGAGGCGGUGGGCGCCGGUGCGGCGGCAGCGCGCGAGCGGGGCGACGACACGCAUUGGUCGAUCCGCGCGGCGGCCGAGCUCGGUAAAGUCUCGCCCACGUCACUCGCGGCAGCGCAUGCGAUCUUUCCCGCUCGCGACGGGACCACGCUCGCCGAGUGUUUGCGCAUGGAGUACCGGGUUGCGCAGCACUUUCUCAAACACGCCGAUUUCGUCAGCGGCGUGGGAGCGGUCCUGAGCAAGGGCGCCGAGCCCGCCGCGUGGGGAAGCCCCCCUUCGGGCGACGAGCUAGCGAGCUGGUUUGCCGCCGCCGAGGGGGGCGAGCUGGAGCUCUGA